AUGAUCCGACAACUACCAAAAGCUAUCCCAAGGCUAACAGCCCGGCACGUCGUGCGAUCUCUUCCCUCAAAGCCUCUAGUUGCUGUUAUGGCCCGAACCCUUUCCUCUCUACCUUCCGUCGAGCCUCCAGUGUCCGCCACAUUACCCACAGAUUCCUUCCAACUGCUAUCUACCGAGUCAAAAGUUGGGGAUGCCGAGGAUGUACUUUUCCAACAGCAGGUGGAGGAUGUGAAGAAAUGGUGGGCAUCACCACGAUAUGAGGGUAUCAAAAGACCGUAUACUCCCCAAGAUGUCGUCAGUAAGAGGGGGACCUUACAACAGACGUACCCCAGCUCUCUCAUGGCUCGGAAGCUAUUCAACCUUCUCAAUGAAAGAGCUGCUGAAGGCAAGCCUGUCCACACUAUGGGUGCCAUCGACCCUGUACAGAUGACUCAACAAGCCCAGAACCAGGAGAUUCUAUAUGUUUCAGGUUGGGCAUGUUCUUCCGUCCUGACAAGCACAAAUGAAGUUUCCGCCGAUUUUGGUGAUUACCCAUAUAAUACGGUCCCCAACCAGGUACAGAGAUUGUUCAAGGCCCAACAAUUACACGACCGCAAGCACUUUGAUAACAGGCAGAAACUCAGCCCCGAAGAGAGGCAGAAAACCCCAUACAUCGAUUAUCUUCGACCUAUUGUUGCUGAUGGUGAUACUGGCCACGGCGGUCUUUCAGCGGUCAUCAAGUUAGCCAAGCUUUUCGCGGAAAAUGGCGCGGCUGCCGUGCACUUUGAAGAUCAACUGCACGGAGGCAAGAAAUGCGGCCAUCUUGCUGGUAAAGUUCUGGUCCCUGUGGGAGAUCACAUCAACCGUCUUGUUGCUGCUAGAUUUCAGUGGGAUCUCAUGGGCUCCGAGAACCUCAUUCUUGCUCGAACCGAUUCGGAAAGCGGGAAACUUCUCUCGAGCGCGAUUGACGUUAGAGAUCAUGAAUUCAUUCUCGGUAUUGCUGAGGAGACUGAGCCUUUGGCCGAGGUUCUACAAGAAAUGGAAUUGGACGGUGCGCCUGGACCGGAAAUAGAUCAAUUCGAGUCCACUUGGGUAAAGAAGCACAAGCUGGUCACUUUCGACGAAGCUGUCGAGGCUCAUAUCAAAGCCGAGGGUGGUGACGCUACUGAGUAUCUCGCCAAAACAAAAGCCAACCCAAACACAUCCUUGUCGAAACGUCGCAUCCUGUCCCAUCAGUACACCAAGUCCCCUGUUGUGUGGUCUUGUGAUAUUCCUCGAACUCGAGAAGGUUUCUACCAUUAUCGUGCCGGUCUUCCUGCUGCUACCAAGCGAGCCAUCGAAUUUGCACCCUAUGCCGAUCUACUAUGGCUCGAGACAGCCGAUCCAAGUGUCUCAAAGGCUGCUGGUUUCGCCAAAGAAAUCCGUGAACAAUACCCUGGUAAGAAGCUGGUCUACAAUCUAAGCCCAUCUUUCAAUUGGAUGGGUCAAGGCUUUGAUGAUGCCUCCUUGAAAUCUUUUGUCUGGGAUCUUGCUAAGGAAGGCUUUGUUCUUCAACUCAUCUCCCUUGCUGGUCUUCAUUCAACUGCCACAAUCAGCGCCGAGUUGUCACGAGGCUUCAAGGAAGAUGGCAUGCUUGCCUAUGUCAAUCUGGUGCAAAGUCGCGAGAAGGCGCUUGGUGUUGAUGUGCUCACCCACCAGAAGUGGAGUGGUGCCGGGUAUAUUGAUGGCAUUAUUGGUGCCAUCCAAAGUGGCAGCAGCGGAAGCAAGAGUAUGGGCGAGGGAAACACCGAGAAAGGCUUCUGA